UGAGCUCAGGGCAGGGUCUGAGAAGUGCUGAGUCGCUCUGAGAGGUUCCUUCCAGCCAGGGAACAGGCAGACAGCGAGCGUACAGGCAGAUAGGGGAGAUGGAUGGAUGGAUGGAUGUCAAAGAGCGAAGAGGUGUGGGAGAAAGUCAGAGACAGACUGGGAAAGAGAGAGAGAGAAAGCCCUGUUGCUUUCUCUUGCCAUGUGAAGAAAGCAUCGCUGUUUCAUUCUCCUCUUCAUCUCUUUGUGGAUUUUUAAACGGCAGUCGAGUAAAGAUGAAAGCCUGCGUUAUGAAUCUCAUCGACUUUUGGACUUUUUCCUUUUCGUUGGGAUUUUGUGGUGGGAAACUUGGCUUGUCAGGAUGACUCUGCUGCAUCCCAUGAAGUCUUCAGACUGCUACUGACUCACCAUGAACCAGAGCAACAUUUCUAAUGAAAUCAAGAUACUCCUCUGCUCUCUACCUGGGGCUGCUGUUCACCACACUGGCGGCAUGAGUCAUGACGUCAGUGGUGCUGGUCGACACUGGUGGGACGGUAGUGGAGUAUGUCACAGCUGUGGAGGACCCCCAGCAGGAGGGUGAGUGCGAAGUGGACCUGGAGCUGGAAGGAGAGGUGGAAGGCGAGUGUGAAGCUGAGGAAGCCUAUGAGGAGGUACAGGACAGAGAGGAGGCUGAGGACUACCCAGCAGUCAUUGUGGAGGAGGUGCCUGGCGCCAGUCUGGCCGAGGAGCAAAGUUACUCAGCACAGGUGUUGGUGUAUGAUGACGAGGCGUAUCUGAUGCAGGAAGUGGGCGAUGAGCAGGAGGUGGAGACAGAAAGUGAGGCAGUGGAGGCCUCUGUCCAUGGCACCAGUGUCCACUGUUCUGACAAGACCAUUGAGGCUGCAGAGGCUCUGCUACGCAUGGAUUCACCCUCCAGCCUCAGAGAAGACCGCAGUCCAGAAGCUUUUGUUCCACCAUACGUAGCGACACCAGACUUCCUCCACGCUGCCAUGCGUCCCGACAUGAUGGCAGAGACAGAGGUGGAGAUAACGACGGAGGACUGCUGCGAGGAGGAGGAGGAUGAAGAGAUGGUCACCCUGCUGGAAGAGCCAGAACCAGAGCCUGACCACGAGCCUGUCAGGAAGAGGAGAGCUGGACGGAAGCCAAAGACACAUCAGUCAGCAUUUUCCAAUGGCUCACCCGACCUUGGCAUCAAGAAGAAACCAAGAGAAGGGAAAGCAGGGAGCACCACCUACCUAUGGGAGUUCCUGUUGGACCUCCUCCAGGACAAGAACACCUGUCCCAGGUACAUCAAGUGGACCCAGAGGGAGAAGGGCAUCUUCAAACUGGUCGACUCAAAAGCUGUGUCCAAGCUGUGGGGCAAACACAAGAACAAGCCAGACAUGAACUAUGAGACAAUGGGCCGGGCACUCAGAUAUUAUUACCAGCGUGGCAUCCUUGCCAAAGUAGAGGGCCAGCGGCUGGUUUAUCAGUUCAAAGAGAUGCCCAAAAAUAUUGUCAUCAUCGACGACGACAAGGCAGACAUGUCCGCCGACCAUCUGAUUGGCUCAGAGACUGCUUCCUCCUAUGAGCGUGUGCCACCGCCACCAGACAUGCUGCUCCAGGCGACCGAGCUGUCGUCCUCUAAGAGGCCCAACAUCCUGCGGGGAGGCAACAGAGCCAACGUGGUCCAAACCCCUGUCGCAGUGGGCAGCAAAACGGUGGCAGGAGGUGGUACAGCAGUGGCAGCAGGGGUUCCAAGGAUAGUGACCGGUUCAACAGCGCCAGAUGGGACCCAGCACUCUCACACGGCCAUCAUCUCAAACGCCACUGGGCCCAGGACAGUGCGGGUUGCUAUGCAGGUGCCCGUAGUCAUGACAACAUCGCUGGGUCAGAAGAUCUCUACAGUUGCUGUGCAGCAGCCAGCAGGAACAACGGGGGCAGCCGGCCACACCACCCUCCUCACUAACACUUCUCCUGUCGGUGCUGCUGCUGGUGGCACCAACUCCCAACAGAAGGUUGUGAUCCAGACCAUCCCCACCAUGGUCCCAGCCACAGCAGAGAACGGAGACAAGAUCACUGUACAGCUAGCCAAGAUCAUCACAAUCCCAGCCCACCAGUUGGCUCAGUGUCAGCUCCAGACCUCCACAGGCUCGGCAAAGCACAGCGUCGGGGCCUCGCCAGCAGGCAUCAGCCUCCUCGGAAGCCCCCUGACGGUCCGGACCCUGGCUCCUGUCAGCGUCGCCCCAGGAGCGCAAGUGAUGAGACUCACUGUGCCAACGCAGGGACAGCAACAGACUCUAGUGGUGUCACAGCCAGGAAGUGUCAGUAGCGGGGUGGUUACAGUAUCAACAGCCAAUCAGACGUUGACGGCGCAGCCUCGCAUCAUCAGCGGCGUCAUCAAUGGCUCAGAGCUGGUGAUAGGAGGGCCAGCAACCGGAGGAGUCUCUGUGGAGAAACUGAAGGCAGCAGGUGUUCAGGUCCAAGCUGUUCAGGUGCCGAUGACAGUGGCAGUCCAACAGAACCAGGUGAACCCCAAAACCGUCCAAUCAGAGGCGGUGGACGCUGAGGUGGUAAUCAAACUGGAAACACCUGAUGUGAUAAAGACAGAAGAGCCCGAGUGUUGAAAUGCACACGUCUACCAACAUCCAUCGUUCCCUUCUCUGGCAGAGAGGGUCAGUUUGUACAUGUGUGAAGUCAUUUUGGCUCUUGUAAUAACCAGCAGCAGUCUGUGAGACUUUAAAGACUCCUGAAGGCCUGUUUUUAGUCCCAAACCUGUCUUCACUUCAUCUUCCCUGUUGCUGCCUAGAACUGUACUGAACUGAGCCGGUCUCCCUCAGAACCACACUGAAACCUCUUGGAGUGAAACGGUCAUGUACGGAGGUCCAGCUGUACCCUGCAACAUAGGAAUACACACAGACUUUAAAGGGACUUGUCGGGAAAGGUAAAGGGACCAACCUUGAUCACUACAGUUAUGCCUUGUAAAUGGAUCGCUAUCACUGACUGAAAAUGGGAAAACGGAGGCACCUUGAAAAUACAAAAAAUAAAGGCUGAAACACUACAAAAUAAGGCAAAUGAUUACAACCAACCAAAACGUGAACUAUUAAGUAAAAAAGACACAGCAGGGGGGGUGUAAAAGCUUUUGUAGAGAUCUUCUUUUGUAUUAAAUUUUGCCUCUACAGAUGUUAAGACCAGCAACUUUUUGUUUUGUUUUUACUUAUAUCACUGUGCAGAUCAAGUGUGGUUGGUGCUACAGUAUGUGAGUCCUAAAGGAGAGAGAGAGAGAGGGACAGAGAGAGAGAGAAAGAGAGAGAGAGAGAGAGAGAGAGAAAGAAAGAAAGAAAGAAAGAAAGAAAGAAAGAAAGAGAAAGUGGAGCUGCGAGAAGCUCUAAGGCAGAAAGAUAUCAGACAGAAUGGUCAUGUAUGUACAUAUAUACAUAUAUAUAUAUAUAUAUAUACACCUAUUAUACAGUUUACGGAGUAAAGUUAACAGAACAGCCUUAGAUUUUAAUUUUGACGUUCUUUUUCAUGUAUUGUCUGAACAUUAAGCUGAAAUUUGUUUUUGUGUUUUGAUACAUUGUACCAAGCACAGUAUUAUUGAAACAAAGGGGAACUAAUACUUUUUAUAUGAUUAUUAGUUCUUCUAUCAGGCUGUUAAUGCUAACAUAGAUCGAAUCUUCAUCAUAUUGUGGAUCAGUGGCCAGAUUGCAGAUUGCAGUACAUCUUCCAGCGUUUAGCGGAAUCUCCAGGUUUGAAUUACAGAUGAAUUCGGUAAAAGGAAUCUCGGCUCAGUGCUUUAUUUUCUGACAGAUGUUUGUUUUCUUCACAAAGCUACACAUCUGGCUGCGUGGAGACAAAGAAAUGUGAGACUGUGCUGAUGUGUUCUGCCAUGUCUUGGUAAAAAAAAAAAGAAUCCAAAUAGAAAUGAAGAUGCACGUAAACUGGGAGAUCAAGAAUGAAAUGAAGCAAUUAUUUUUAACUAUUAAAAAAGAGGCGCUGAAAAUAACAGAUUUAUGUAAAACAGCUGCAAAAAUGUGCUGUCCCAGGUCACUUUACAUCUCGCUUAAACAGAGGGUCAAUUUGCCAGAUGAGUCUCUGCCCCUACAUUUCAUUUAUUAUUUUUUUAUCUAAAAAGAGGGAAGAUGGAGAGAAAGAUGUUUGUGUUCAGACUGAACUGUUUGUAUAUUCAACAUUUGAAGUAUAUUCUAUUUUGUUGUACUCUUGUUUCAAAGUGUAUUAAAGUAGAUUUUACUGAAAUAUAAAAAGACAUUUGAAACCUUA